AUGACCUGGGACCUAAGCUCCUCAGGACCCUCUUUCCCCGGCCCGGAGACCUACGCCGCCGCCGCCGCCGCCGCCGCCGCCGCCGCCGCAAGCGCCCCGCCUGACCUCCAUACGCCCCAGCACAGCCCUCGGUCCACGCUGCGCGGCGCGCUCUUUUACGUCACUCAGCGCGCCGCCGGAAGCGAGGCUCGCCGCCCGCCGCCCAGCCGGAAAUCAGUCCCGGUGCCUUUUUCCGACUGGGGCGGUGUUCGCUCAGGGCGCGGACUAGAGGAAGUGAGAGGUGGACUAAACCGCAGCCUGCCAGAAGCCCUGGUGCGCAGAAGAGCCCCGACACAGCACGUCCGAGGCUGCCAGCCAGGGCCUGCCGGCCAGGGUGGCCCUCCACUGGUGUCUGGAAACGUGGCUGCGAAACAGCUCCCUACACUGACAACAACUUUCCCGCUACGGAAACUGAGGCCCAGGGAGGGCAGGACAGCGCAAGGGCACAUGGAGAGUGAGCACCCAGGUCUCCUACAGCCACCCAAACCUCCCCAUGCUUCUCCAUCCUGGCCAGGGGCUCCCUCCCAGCUGGGCUAGGGUGGUGGACCUUCUGCCCUCCCGAAUCCUGAACACGGCCGGCUUCCAGGGGCCCACAGCCCAUGGAAUGACUCUUCCAGCCUUCCCCCUUGCCCUUUCUUCCAUCAUGUCCAUCCUUCUACCUUUCCAUCCAUCCCCCUUGCCCAUCACUCCACCUUGCCCAGCCUUCCACCUUGUCCACCAGCAAGUCUUGCAGAGCCCUCCUGGUGCGGGGUGGAGAGGUACGCAGUAUAGUGUAUGGAGUGGGGCCUGGUGGUGGCAGCCUCUGGGCCAGGCACUGAGCCGUACUGAUGGGGCCCUUCUUACAGCCUCUCCUGCCUUCCACCUGGGCUCCUGCUCUGGGGUCUGUAGGAACUGAGUACCUGUGCUGCAGGGGGCGGCCUCUCUGGGCAUUGCAGGGGUGAUAGAGCUAUGGUGGGGCUAGGGGAUCAGCCUCGUAGGGUGCUGGGAGCUCUGGGGUGGGCUGCUGUGAGCAAGCAUCGAGAGGCGGUGCAGUGGGGAGAGAACCCCCUUCACAGCCCCUGGGUCUCUCUGGGAUG